CAGUAGGAAGCAGAGAAGCGCAUUGUGAAAAUAUCUACAUAGGCUUGCUUUCUCUUUUCAGAAACAGCAAUGGUUUGCUUUGGAAACAUGUUUAUUCAGCUUCCAAAAUCAAAGACUAAAGAAAUGAUUCAGAAAGAUCAGGAGCAGUUGGAUGAGGAAAUAAACCAACUUCGGAAAGAGCUGAGAGUAAAAGUCAACCGUCUCUAUGAAGCUCAAGGUAAGCCUGAGCUGAGGGGGUUUAACUUGAACCCCAUGACCCCCGAGGAAAUGAAAGCAAUCCACCAGAUACUGGAAGGACGAAAUUAGACCUUCAUCCUGGGGACUUCAGCUUUACUUCCGACUGUCACUCAGUCAUCAGGGUUCAGUGUUAGUUGUGGAUUGGACGCUGCAGAGACAAGUGUUAGAACACCAUCCCUUUUCAUUAUUUGACUGCCUGCCAUCACUGGGGUGGCAUUGGGAUUAUUAGAAUCAGAAGAACAGGGCAUUCUUAACUGCAUCUUCUUUUAUAUAUAUAUAUAUAUAUGAGCCCCUGUAAUUUAUCUCCCAGCUAGUGUGUUCUUUUGGCAGGAAAGGGGAAAGAAUCCACAGCAUCUUCAAAGAAUAAAUAGACACUUUGCGUUGUAAAGCUUGCUUGUGAAUUAAACUGUGCACUUAAAAAAA